AUGGUAAGCUCAUUCGGAGUAAGGAAAGGUGCAUGGACCGAAGAGGAGGAUAUACUUCUAAGGAAGUGCGUCGAGAAAUAUGGCGAAGGACGAUGGUGUCAAAUUCCUCUCAAAGCAGGUUUGAAUAGAUGCAGGAAAAGCUGUAGAAUGAGGUGGUUGAACUAUCUUAAGUCAAAUGUCAAGAGAGGGCAGUUUUCAGUGGGCGAAGUAGACUUGAUUAUCAGGCUACACAAGCUGCUUGGCAACAGGUGGUCAUUGAUUGCCGGUAGACUUCCAGGAAGAACAGCAAAUGAUGUCAAGAAUUAUUGGAACACAAACCUGCGUAAGAAGGUGGUUUCUGGCAACAGAGAAGCUCAAACAAAACCAGAACCAAAAGCAAUAACAAAAGCCAACAUAAUAAAGCCUCGACCUCAUAAAUUCAAAAGUUUAUGCUGGUUAGGAGGAAAAGGUAUUCCAUUUUUCAAUGGUGGUUUUCAAUAUGGGUACGAUCUCUGUAAGCCAUUUUCUACAUCAGCAUUGUCCCCUUCCGAUAUUAUUGAAGUUGAAAGUAUGUGGUGGGAAAGCUUCUUAGAUGACAAAGAAAUUAAUAUAUCGAACAACAAACGAUGCCUAGGCUCUGGGUCAGAAGCUAACCGAGAGCCCAUCAACAGUCUUUUUGUAGAGGACAACGCUCCAGAAGGGAUAUUAAUUGCGGACGUGUUCUGUUGUGAACAAGGACAACAUUGUUGGAGUGACCUCUCUUUUGAUGCCGACCUCUGGAAUUUAGUCAAUACUUGA